AAACAACGCGCGGGCUAUUUGACAAAAGUCCUAUUUAUGUCCUUUGGGGCCGCGGUGGAGUUUUUCCGCGCGGGGGCGAGGUGUAGCCUCGAGCGGCGGCCGCUUUGAGAGCCUUCCGAGCGCGUCCGGCCGAGGUUGUUUACGUGUAGUAAGGGGGCGCUUGAAACCGACCAGGCUUGCCCCAUUUCCUCGCUUGUUUUCCUCGUCGGCUCGCUCGCGCCCGCUGGAUUCUACUCCAUGUUGACGCCGCCGCCGCCGCCGCAGCCGCCGGCGCCGCUGCUGCAAAGGUGACGACUCGACGGCCGCGGGAAGCCAAGGAAGGACCCCCCCACAGACCGCCAGCAACCCCGCCCACUGGCUCCUUCUUAUCGCCGUCGAAAAGCCGUGUUCCGGGCUCAGCCCGCUUUUUAAAAAACAGUUUAUUUAUUUAUUUAUUUGGCUAGCCAACUAAAAAAAAAAAAGUAGAGGCGUCGGGGAAGAAAGACAGACGGAGAGCAGCCGAGCCACGCGGGAGGGCACGAGAAAGGCGCCAGUGACAGGCGUUCUCGGCGAACCAUCGGCUGGGUCGGAACCGUCAAGACGGAAGCCAAUGACGGCUACCCGACAGUGGCCGGGGACAGGACAGGAAUUGAGCAUUUUCAGGGCUCCGCGAUUGUCCGAUGGAAAGUUCGGUUAUCACCCAAGUGCACAAAGAAGACGUCCAAGUGUCGCCCAAAACAGGCCAGGUGAGCCGCUCGGCCCUGAAGCAGCCUCGGAGUUGUAACCUCUUCAAAGCGCUCUUCUGCUGCCUGCGAGCUCCGGAUGGGUCCCGACAGCCGCCGCCGCCGCCGCCGCCUUCCCAGCAGGCCUUGCUGGAGGCGCAGGAAAAUGGGGCGCUCGUUAAGUUGUGCGACGCCGGCCUCCUGCCCCGGGUGACCGCCCGCGACCAAGGCAAGAUCUGCGUGGUCAUCGAUCUGGACGAGACGCUGGUGCACAGCUCCUUCAAGCCGAUCAGCAACGCGGACUUCAUCGUGCCCGUGGAGAUCGAGGGGACCACGCACCAGGUGUACGUGCUCAAGAGGCCGUAUGUCGACGAGUUCCUGCAGCGAAUGGGAGAGCUGUUUGAGUGCGUGCUGUUCACCGCCAGUUUGGCCAAGUACGCCGACCCCGUGACGGAUCUGCUGGACCAGUACAGCGUGUUCCGGGCCCGCCUCUUCCGGGAGUCGUGCGUCUUCCACCAAGGCUGCUACGUGAAAGACUUGAGCCGGCUGGGCCGAGACCUUCGCAAGACGCUCAUCUUGGACAAUUCUCCCGCGUCCUACAUCUUUCACCCCAACAAUGCUGUGCCUGUGCUGUCGUGGUUCGACGACGUGGACGACGCCGAACUCCUCAACCUUUUGCCCGUGUUUGAAGAACUCAGCCGGGCGGAGAACGUUUACACCCAGCUGGACCAGCUUCGCGGCCAUUAAGGGACCGCCUUCCGCCGCAUGUCGCGCUUUGAAACGGCAGCUGUUCGACGCGUCGUCGCCCGCGUGGGCUUCGAGACGUUCCAAAGCCCGAUGACGCUUGCUUGGCCGUUGUGAUUGCGGCAAGAACGAUUCCAAAUCUUCCCAACGGCCACCCGAGCGCCACCGUCGCUCCUAUUUAGCCGAGUAGGCCAAUUGUUCUGGUGCCAAAACGGUUGCUGGCAUGCCCUCAUUUGGCUGUUCUACGUCCUUUUUAUCGAGUGCCUUGAAGGAACCGCUGGGGGCUUUUUUGAAAUCACUACCGGGUUUUAUACACCAUUCGUUGUUUUCUAUGGAAAUCCAAUUUGAAACUCGUUCCUCUAUGCAAGGCGUUUCCGUCAGCGUUUCAUCGAACUGGAAGUCGGCGUUGGCCUUUUAAAUAAGCAACAAAACAAAGAAAAGGUCACGCUGCGGGAUUCCCGCCCAUUUGUGGAGCGCUUCGCAUUACAAAGCAAACGCGACUUGUAACGUGAACAAAACGCAUCCGUGAAGCGGCAUGCGUUCGCACAAACCUCGACGUCAUGUGGCGCGGUGCGCUUCCAUCACAUCGCUCUCAGUCCGGACACAUCAAGGAUGUUUGUGCAAAAUCCUCUUUUGGACUUUGAUGACAUACGGCUCGGAUGACAAUGUCCAGACUGUUGGCCCAUUAAUAUCCGCGUACCGGAUUGGAAACGCUAAAUUGCAAUUGUGCUGUUCCCAUUGACCAAAAAAAAAAAAAAGAAGUCAAAUACGUGUCACAUUGGGCCUGAACCAAUCAGAAUGGACUUUCAGUAUGAAUGGAGUCUUAAUGUGUCCGGUUCUCAAUUGCUAUUUUUCUAAAUGUCACUCUUUGAUUGUUUUGAUUGGAUUUCAUCUUGGGACCCUCUUAAAAUAGUGGCCGGAGUCAUAUUUUAAGCUUUAGACCAAAGAAGGAAUUGCCUUCAACCUGCUCUCACGGUGCUGGCCACCUCCUGUUAAAAUCGGCAAAAUCUUUAGUCGCAUCCAUCAUUCUGUUCGACCCCUGAAAUGAAAUUCAGAAAUAUCAUCGGUAUUUCUUUGUGUGUGUGUUUUUUUCUCAAUGUGUUUUCUGGAGGGGGGGAAAAUGACGGGGGCCAUUAUUUUAAGAAGGUGGCAAGACGUAGCUUUCAGACUGAGCAAGGAGCACAAAAUCAUAAUCAUGAAGAGUCUGUAGGCAGCUGACACACUGGAACGCGCUGGCACAUACACACGCCACACAUUCAGUCAAGCUUUCCGACUGAAUUAUUUUUUUUAGAUAUUAGCAAACAAUCCUGAUUGAGAGAGUCAGGUGUGCCUUUUGCAAUGUGGAGCAAUAAAAGUGUUGUGCCUGAAAGAGAUUUGAUGGCUUCAACACUUGAACGCAUGUCAUGCUGGGCAUGAGUGAGGAAUCGCACUGUCGAGAGCAAGUUUUCAUGCUCAACAUUUUCAACCGUUUUCCAUUUGCCAACUUUAAGGCUGGCCUUGGACGGGAAGGUUUUGUUUGUGCCCAAAGAGUGACAACAUAGCCAAAGUGAGAAGUUUGUUUCAUUUUUGGGUGAGUUUCCUGGGCUGUUUUCUGUUCUGUUGAACACCGAAUACAAUUCUGCCCCCCCCCCCAUGUUAACUAAUUUAGAAAAAAAGUAAAGUAUACCAGAUGUGACGAUCCAAGGUAUGUGUUCACCCGUUGUCUUUGUUUUGUUUCCCAUAUCUUAUCAGAGCUUUUCAAGACAAAGGUGCUAACAUUUUUUUAAUUGAAAUAAAAAUGGGUUCUAGUUUUCCUGGA